CCUUCUUCCUCCUCGACCGACAGAGACAGACGCCUCGCAGACGAUGUCGGCGCUCGCAACGGCGUCGUCGUCUGAUGGAUCUUCUGGGCGCAAGUGGUUCACACUUGUCACGGGCGUGGCCGUGACCUCGUCGAUUGUGACUACGCUGGGCAUACUGGGCGUGCAGAGGCUGUAUCGACAACAACGACGAGGCGAGCUGGAAGAAAGGGUACGGAGAGCGGCGAGGAUCGCAGACGAAGAGGCAGACGCGCUCACGGGCAAGACGAAGCCUCCUGCUCAGCAGGGGCAGCAGCACCAGCAGCAGCAGCCCGAAAGGCCUUCGACGCUGAAUCCAGCCUCUCAUGAUGCACACCAUGCCGGCACGCUGCGGACGCCGGGCCGAAUCGAGGGCCCAACGCCGCGCUACCUGCAGGCGCUCAAUGCCAGCCAGGCCAGCACGCCAUCCCGUUCCUCCUCGCCUCGUCCGACGCCCGCCAUGGCACGGCAGGGCUCCCUCCCCAUUCGGCCCUCCUCGAGGGGCUCGUCGCGAGCCACGACGCUGGCACCGGGCGCAGCGACGCCCACGCCGUACGACGAGUCGCUGAUCCGCGAGCAGCUCUCGCGCAACUACUCAUUCCUCGGCGAAGAAGCGAUGGUCAAGGUGCGCGAUGCCUUUGUCAUUGUCGUGGGUGCUGGUGGCGUCGGCAGCUGGGCCGCCCUGAUGCUCCUGCGGUCUGGUGUGGGCAAGCUGCGCCUCAUCGACUUUGACCAGGUCAGCCUGAGCAGCCUCAAUCGCCAUGCAUGCGCCAACCUCGCCGACGUCGGCCGCCCAAAGGUUGUCGUCUGCAAGGAAAAGUUUGCCGAGAUUGCCCCCUGGGCCGAGGUGGAUGCCCGCGUCGAGAUCUUCAAGGGUCAGGAAGCGGCCCGGCUGCUGGGCCCGGCUGUUGGUGGUGGUGGUGCUGCGACGGCAAAGGACGGUGGCCAGGGCCAGAGGCCGACGUACGUCAUCGAUGCGAUAGAUAACAUCGACACAAAGAUUGACCUGCUCGAGUACUGCUACCGGAACCGGAUCAAGUGCUUCAGCAGCAUGGGUGCUGGCGCCAAGGCCGACGCCAGCACAAUCCAGGUGGCCGACCUGGGAGGGACCGCCGAGGAUCCGCUGGCGAGGAGCGUCCGAAGGGGUCUUCGUGCCCGGGGAGUCUGGGCUCCGGGCCUGCAAUCGCGCGAGAAGAAGGGGAGAAAGAGCAUUAAAACAAAAGGCACAUUAGCCCCGCCAAAGAAGCAGCUGCCUAAGCACAAUGACGACGACGACGACGACAACAAGAACGACGAGGCGAAGCUUUCAGAGGUUAGCGCUCCGGCCCAGACAUCGGCUCCGGUGACCUCGAAAAAGCUCGAGCACAGCGGGCGAGGCGCAGCAGACAUUGAUGCGAAGCAGCCGCCCUCUGCAGGGGCCUUGUCGCAAGUCGAUGAUGCGCUCAAGAGUCUCCAAGGGCAGAGCGGCGCCGGCUACAGCAGCUACAGCCGGCCUGGCGCACAGCGCUCUCGCAGGACCUCAUCUGCCAGCUCCAAGGGCUCGGGCUCCUCGCAAUUCUUCAGCCCCAUGUCGAGUCCCGAGACUGAGAAGUUCCCGGGACUAAUCAAUGACGAGGAACCCUCCCCGGCUGUCAGCCUUGCUGUCCCUGAAAUCUCGGAGGCUCAAGGCGAGGAAGGCGAAGAUGACGGCAAGACAAUCUCGCCAGCUCUUCUUGAUGAGGAAAAAGAAAAGGGCAAGUUGCAGCGACCGUCGCUUUCGACACUGACUUCUCAGACGCCCUCGUCGACUGCAUCGCGCACUUCGAGUCUGAAGGAGCUGGAGGCUGUCGAUGUUCGCUCUUCACGCUCGGGCCGAAGCGCACGCCCGUCCAUCUCUGGCCAGGCCGCAUCGUCUCGCCUUGGACCGGCCUUUGAGAUGGAGGAGGACGGUGACGAGUCGUCAUCAUCAGCAGCCCACGAAGCGGACCAAGACCCGCUGCCACAGAUCAUGUGCGUCUUUUCGACGGAGAAGAGCGACACAAGGCUGCUUCCCUUGGACGAGGAAGAGUUUCAAAAGGGCAACGUCGAGGAGCUGGCUGCCCUCGAAGACUUUCGUGUCCGCAUCCUGCCCGUCUUGGGUCCCUUGCCUGCCAUGUUUGGCCUGGCCGCCGCGACAUACCUCAUCUGUGACAUUGCAGGAAGAGAGCAGGAGCCGUUGCCGUUCAAGAAGCGCAAGAAGACGUAUGAGCGACUCUGGACCGACCUCGAGACGGCAGAGCGGCGCUACCCCGUCGCCGAUGGCGGCGAUGGGCUCAAGGACCUCAACGACCGAGCGCACGGUCCGCGGAGGAUCCCAUGGACGCUGGAGGACGUCGGCUACGUCUUUGAGGAAGUCUUUCGCGCCAGGUCAGUCGUGCCGCCGCACGAGACGCUGACGAUGGGGAAAAUGUGCCGGUGGGACUCGACGUUGCCGCUCUCGUACAGCAACGUCGCCCUAUUCACUAGAGCAGAGGGCGACAAGCACGAGCGAGAGGUCCUCAAGGCUGGAAAGAGCCCAGUCGAGGUGUGGGGAGAGGAGGCCUACAGGAUGUGGAAGAGGCGCAUGGCAGAGGAGGCACGGAUGAACAUGCUGCGUUGAAGUGCUUUCUGUGCCGCCCUGAUGUUACAAAAACAAGUGAGAGAAUACAAUGUACUGUACACUGGUGC